AUGGAGCACCACUAGUUAAAAACAAAGACGAAAACUCAAGUCCUUUUGCUUUUCUUUCAGGUGUUAUCUGUUCGACCAUCAACCAUGAAGGCUGUAGCUCUGAUCCUGGCUCUUGCAGUCAUUGGCUCCAAUGCCCGCGCUCUACCUGAGCCCCCUAAGGCCUGGCAGGAUGCUGUGGAGAGGUUCUGGCAGCACAUCAAUGACCUGAAUGAGAAGGCUGAUGGUGUGGUGCAGAACAUCAAGGCCUCUCAGCUGACCCGGGAGCUUGAUACUCUGAUCACAGACACCAUGGCUGAGCUCAAUACUUACAAAGAUGACCUGCAGACCAAGCUGAGCCCCUACACCGACAUCUCCGCCAACCAGAUGACCCAGGACCUGCAGCUGCUCACCAGCCGCCUGCAACAGGACAUGCUCGACGCCAAGGAGCGCAGCACUGAGUACCUGGGUGAGCUUAAGACCAUGGUCGAACAGAACACCGGAGAUGUGCGUGGACGCGUCAACGCUUACACCACCAAACUGAAGAAGCGCCUCAACAAGGACACCGAGGAGAUUAUCAACACCAUGACCACCUACAUGGGCGAGCUCCAGUCCCGCACCUCCCAGAACAUGGAGACCGUUCGCGGCCACGUGGAGCCCUACAUGCAGCAGGCCAGCGAGACCGCCAACCAGAAGCUGAGCGACAUCACGGCCCUGCUGCAGAGCCAGGCAGAGGGCUUGGGCAAGACGCUCGAGAGCCAGUUCGCCGGCGUCAGGACCCAGAUGGAGGAGACCGUGGAGGGCCUGCGCACCGCUCUGGAGGGCAACAUCGACAAGCUGACAGAGAACAUCCAACCGAUCGCCGACCGUAUCCGCGAGCAGAUCGAGACCAUCGGCGAGAAGUUCAAGGAAAACACCCAGUAAAUACAGACUGAUUCGAAAAAACAUCCAUUUCAAAUAAGUCGGUGGUAUGCAAAACCACUGAUGUGUUACUGAUCAUAUGUUAAAUGGUUACUUUAGUGUGCAGGGAGAGUGGGUUGAAGUAGCAUUUAUAUCACUAUACUAGUACAUUCGCCCAUAAUCACUGAACUGAAGUACCUCAAGCAAUAGCACGUUCAAUGUAAUUCAAUGUAUGCUUUACUACUACUACUACUGUUUACUUUUAUACAAGCCAGCCCUUGAUCGUACUUAAGGGGUCAAAUCAUUUCAAUGAAUGCACUGAAACGCUAUCCCAAACAAAGGCAAAAAAAACCCUGAUUGCCUGAAUGUAUCGUGACAGUUUCUUGUUUAGUUUCGUUGUAAAAUGUAAAACACAUAUAUGGCAAACUUUAAGAUUGAUGCUGCCUUCUUCAGAUGUGCUGGAGAGUCCCUCGUAUUUCAAAUGUCCACCGUGCUGCACAGUGCUGCGUUAAUAAAGGACCAAGAAAACAAAA